AUGACAACAGAGAAGAGUCUAGCGGCUGACGCCGACAGCUCGGAGCAGCAGCAAGCCAAGGAGGAGGAAGGAGCUGCUGAAACACAACAGCAAGAGGCUUCCCUGGAGGAAGGGGCUCGGCAGCCGUCGGAGGGGCAGAAGCAGAAGGCGUCCAACGGCGACACCCCCACGCACGAGGAGCAGAGCAGGAAGGAGCGCCGCACCUCCGAGGGCCGGGGUCUCUCCCGCCUCUUCUCCUCCUUUCUCAGGAGGCCCAAGUCUCAGGUGUCCGAAGAGGACAAGGACACUGAUGCUGCUAAAGAGACGGGAGGCGACCAGAAAGACGCGGGGUUAGGAGCCAGCCCGGAUGAAGACAUCCUGGUGAAAGCCCCGAUUGCAGCUCCUGAGCCUGAGCUCAAAACUGAUCCGUCGCUGGAUCUCCAUUCCUUAAGCAGCGCGGAAACACAGCCUGCGCAGGAGGAGAGGAGGGACGAGCAGGACCCGGACAUCAGGGAACCGGGGGACAAGGAAGGAGGGGACACGAAGGAGGAGUGCGCCAAGCCAGAGCCGAAACCAGAGACCCCGGAGGCCAAAGCAGAGAAGGAUUUGAGAGCUGCCCAGAGAGCGGUGAAAAGACACAGGAACAUGUACUGCAAAGUCGUCUUGCUGGAUGACACCGUUUUUGAGUGCUCCGUGGAUAAACACGCCAAGGGGCAGGAUCUGCUUAAAAAAGUCUGUGACCACCUCAAUCUCCUGGAAGAAGACUACUUUGGGUUGGCCAUAUGGGACACGCCGACCGUCAGGACGUGGCUGGAUCCUGCCAAAGAAAUCAAAAAGCAGGUUCAUGGAGGCCCCUGGGAUUUCACCUUCAACGUCAAGUUUUAUCCCCCGGAUCCCGCGCAGCUGACGGAGGACAUAACCAGGUAUUACUUGUGUCUUCAGCUUAGACAGGACAUCAUCUCGGGGCGGCUGCCUUGCUCCUUUGCCACUUUGGCUCUGCUGGGUUCCUACACGGUCCAGUCUGAGCUGGGAGACUACGAUCCCGAUCUGCACGGCCCAGAUUACAUCAGUGAGUUUAAAUUGGCCCCAAACCCAUCAAAAGAGCUGGAAGAGAAGGUCGUGGAGCUUCAUAAAACAUACAGGUCCAUGACUCCAGCCCAAGCAGACCUGGAAUUUCUUGAGAAUGCAAAAAAGCUCUCCAUGUACGGCGUCGACCUUCACCAAGCCAAGGACUUGGAAGGAGUGGACAUCACUCUGGGAGUCUGUUCCAGUGGCCUUUUUGUUUACAAAGAUAAGCUGAGAAUCAACCGCUUCCCGUGGCCCAAAGUCCUGAAGAUUUCCUACAAACGCAGCAGCUUCUUUAUUAAGAUUCGUCCAGGGGAGCAAGAACAGUAUGAAAGUACAAUUGGGUUCAAGCUACCAAGUUACCGGGCGGCGAAGAAGCUGUGGAAAGUGUGUGUUGAGCAUCACACGUUUUUCAGGCUGACGUCCACCGAGGCCAUCCCGAAGAGCAGGUUCCUGGCGCUGGGCUCCAAAUUCCGCUACAGCGGCCGGACGCAGGCGCAGACGAGGCAGGCGAGUGCCUUGAUCGACCGACCCGCUCCCCAGUUCGAGCGGACGGCAAGUAAGCGAGCCUCCAGGAGCCUGGAUGGAGCUAAACGUGCGACUCAUAAGGUUGGGUUCAGAGCCGUAGAGGAAGAGAAGCAGGAGGAGGUGGUGGUGGUUGAGGUUCCCGAACCGAAACCCAUGGAUCAGAUCCGAGAGAAGCCAGCCAAACACGCUCUUGAGACUUUUGACAUGAAACCCAUUGCAGAGGAAGAAGAGGAGGAGCAGAAAGUAGAGGUGUUUAAGGUUCCCGUUUCCAAGCCAAAGUUGCCGGAGCCGUUGCGGACGCGGUCAGCCAAACGUGCUCUUGGCAGUGUUGAGGUAAGCCCGAUUGAAGAGAAGGAGGAAGAGGAAGAGAAAACGGUGGUGAUGGGAGAACUAGAGCCGGUCCCAAAGGAGUCAGCGGUGGCCGUGAUAACCCCGGAGAGGAGCCCCCGUCCCACCUCCGCCCCGGCCAUCGCUCAGAGCCACGCUGCAGAACCAGGCCCAGCUAAGCCCGACCCGAAGGACAAGGUCUCUGUCUCGAAAGUGGAAAAGGAACCUGCGAAACCAGUGGCGAGGCGUGAAGAAAUCCUGGUGGAGAAAGCCAAGCCGCAGCCGGUGGAUACAACCAAGGUGAGGAAAACGCACAUUGAGGUCACAUUACCCACCACGAAUGGUGACCAGCCCCAGAAAAGAUCAAAGAGGCUAGAUGGUGAAAACAUUUAUAUCAGGCAUAGCAAUUUAAUGUUGGAGGAUCUAGAUAAGACCCAGGAGGAAAUCAAGAAGCAUCACGCCAACAUCAGCGAGCUGAAGAAGAACUUCAUGGAGUCCGUCCCGGAGCCUCGGCCGAGCGAGUGGGACAAACGCUUGUCCACUCACUCCCCUUUCCGAACCCUCAACGUCAACGGGCAGAUCCCCACGGGAGCGGAUGGAGUCAAGAAAGUCACUGUGCUAUCUUCUGAGAGACAGGUUGGUGGGCUUGAGAUGUUCACGACAAAACGUGUGAUCAUGAUCCAGAUGUUCACGACAAACACGCACGAGUCUGAUCCAGAUGUUCAUGACAAAACAUGUGAUCAUGAUCCAGAUGUUCACGACACACACGCAUGA